CAAUGUGCAUUGAACAACAUCAAAACAACACACAUACAGAGAGCAAUAUCCAUCGAACAUUGAACAUUAUGCGCACAUUGUUAAGAAAGUUGAUGGGUGUUUAUUUGGACAAUCACAACAAUUUAUUCACUUUCGGUAAACAAAAUCUUGUCUACAAGCUAACUAUAUGAUGUGGAGAUAAAAAGUAUAUAAGAGCUUUCUGACUCCGACCUGAGGCGAGCAGUUGUUUGGGAUUGAAUUGAACUUCGUUCUCGACUCGAUCUUGGAACUUUUUUGAGUGUGACAACAAACUAAACUUACUCUUCUUUCUUGGGUGUGUCUUCUUGCUUGGUUAUGCCGAAGUCAAGGCAGUGUGCCCCGUCAGCAAGUAAUGAUGGAAUAUGGUUCCGCACCAGAGGCUGGUCUGAUCCUCCAUUGAUGAGAGACACAAUGACUAGUACUGGAAAUAUGCUGAACACGACACUACGGGAGACACAACCCCAGCGCCCUAAACCCCCUCCAGAACAGUUCAAUACAAAGAUGGAGAUGACCUAUGACAUGGAAAACUCCUUCUCUGUGCACGACAAUAGACAUUCAUUUCAAGAUCAUGGCGUUUACUUUGGACAUAGUCUCGGAAAGCGUCUUUUCCAUGGCGAUGAAAGACAACAUGAAUCUAAAAACUUCUACACAUGGGACUUGCCAAAUCAGGAUUUAAGCUCCACAAAUUAUGGAGAUGCGUUCACUGGUAGACAAUGCAGGGAACCACCCACAAGACGUCGGUUCCCUCGCCAGCAUGCUGAGCCAAGAGAAGGAAAACAGAAACUGGAUUCGACGACAACGGACUGGUUUCGAUCCCCCGAUGUGCCUUACAGGACGGAAACACAAACUCUAGUCUCGAGUAAGGAACCUCACUUGAAACCCAACCCGUGGAAGUAUUCUUACAAAGCGUAUUAAAUUGAUGAAUAGAGUCUGGAACUUUGGGAUGUUGGAGCACCAUUUUGUGAGUGUCAAACAAUGGUAUUGUUGUUCUUAAACAAAAGGUAUCGCGGGGGACAUUCUGGUGGGAAAUGGGGUUACUACUUUGUGUUUGAUGGUCAAAGCACAAUUCCUAGUGAACAUUUAACGAUAAGCAAAGGAUUUCAAUCUAUGCUUAAUCAUAGUGUUAGCCAGAGGGGUGUCUGGGUGCUUUUUGGACACCCUGUUUUAAAUUUGGACACGCUGUUUUAUCAUUUACAUAAAAGUGUAUUGUAAGCGACUAAUUUGGCCACCCAGUUUUUACUUCCAGAAAACGUUGACACACAUUUACCAAAUCCUGGCCAAAACCUUGAUGCCAGUGGUUAAUUUGUAGUCUUGUCGUCUCAACUUGUUAUAACAAAAACGUUAGUUUCUGUUCUGUUUUCCCUCUAUGCAAGACUAGAAGUUGGAUUUACCCAACAAUCCAACUCGGGGUACAGAUACUUGUACAAAUAUAAGUUCUUUUGAGCUUAAGUUAGUUUGGAACUUUAGUAAAUCUGCAAAUCAGCUUCCUUGUAACCAGUUACAGCCCAACGUUUGUUCUUCCGUAACAAUUUGUAUUCAUUAACCUCACUGAAAAGGGCUUCCCUAAUUGCAUUUUAUUUACAAAGGAUUAUUUAUGUAGGGUUUAUUUCUAAUACAAAUCUUUUCAAUUAGUUUUCAAUUCAUUGUAUGCUAUCUAUGAUCAAGCAUGAAGAAUAUUAUUUCAAAACAUAAAAUAUCUGUAAAAAUAUAGAACUGCUAUGCAAACUAAACUGCGAAUUUACAGACCUUUUCAGCAAAAACUAUUUACUUUGCAGGUCACAAUAUAAGUUUUUUUUCCACAGAUUCUUCCAAGAAUUCAGAUUUUUUCUAUCUUUAAUACAAAUAUUUAAUAGAAACUAACAUGAAGUCAUAACUCAACAAACUAUAGACAUAAAAGGAACACAUUCUUGCUCAUGGCGUGGCUAGCACUUUUUAUUUUCAUAACUUAUACUUUUGGUAGGUUAAAGAAAGUGAAACAACUUAUUUCAUUUGACGCACUAAGAUUCAUCUUAAGAUGUGUUGUCAAUAUCACCAUAGUGAUGUGUCUUGUGACAUCACACUUUGCUUAGCAAUUAAACUUGAUACACGGCUUAAGAUCAAUCUUAGCGUUUUGUGAAAUUUCUGCUAAGUAGAUUUCUUGGAUACCAAGUAUUAUCUUCAAUAUGUCUUCCUUAGAUCUCCAAUGCAGUACAUCAUUGAAUAAUACGUGCAAGAACACGUCUUAUUUCUUAUGGAGAACACAAUCGUUCAUCCAAAUGCAUGAUUUUUCUUAGUAGCUUUCUUAUGUAGCUUUAUUAAAGACACUGGACACUAUUGGUAAUUGUCUAAGACUAGUCUUCACAGUGGGUGUAUCUCAACAUAUGCAUAU